AUGGGCAACAAAUCAUCUUUAUUAUUAAGGGAAGAAGAAAUUGCACAAAUACAGGAAGAAACAGGGUUUACUCCUAACCAAAUAGAGCGCCUCUAUUCACGAUUUACGGCUCUGGAUAAAAAUGAUUGUGGUACGUUGUCUCGUGAGGACUUUCUUCGUAUUCCCGAACUCGCAAUUAAUCCAUUAAGUGAAAGAAUUGUGUCUGCUUUCUUUGCUGAGAGUCAUGAUGAUCGAGUGAACUUUCUACAGUUUAUGCGAGUAUUAGCUCACUUUAGACCUAUAAGAAAAAACAGAGCGAAUAAACUAAACAGUCGGGAAGAAAAAUUAAGAUUUGCAUUUUCAAUGUAUGACCUAGAUAAUGAUGGUAAGAUAUCACGAGAUGAACUUCUGGCAAUACUUCAUAUGAUGGUUGGCGUAAAUAUAAGUGAAGAGCAGCUAUCAAGCAUUGCUGAGCGAACAAUAUUAGAAGCAGAUACCAACAAUGAUCAAAUGAUUUCAUUUGAAGAAUUUGCUCGGGCCCUGGAGAGAACUGAUGUAGAACAGAAGAUGUCGAUUCGCUUCCUCAAUUGA